CCGAGCCCAGAAAAACGACAACGCGAGAAAAAUUAGUAUUUUUGCACUUCACAAAUUAAUGACCAUGAGUUCGUUUUUGAUAAACUCCAACUACAUCGAGCCCAAAUUCCCUCCCUGCGAGGAGUACACGCAGCACAGCGGCAGCGCCGGCAGCUCCACCAGCUACCACCCGCACCACCCGCACCCGCACGCCCCACCACCGCCGCCUCCGCCGCCGCCGCCGCACCUGCACGCCGCGCACCCGGGUCCCGCUCUGCCCGAGUACUUCCCUCGGCCCCGCCGGGAACCCGGCUACCAGGCUCCCGCCGCGCCGCCGGGGCCGCCGGGGCCGCCUCCCGAGGCGCUGUACCCGGCGCAGGCACCCUCUUAUCCCCAGGCGCCCUACAGCUACAGCAGCGCCGGCAGCGCAGCCCCGGGCCCCGAGCAGCCGCCCCCGGGCGCCUCUCCGCCGCCGCCGCCGCCCUCCAAGGGCCACCCCGGGCCGACCCAGCCCCUGCUCCCCGGCCAUGCCCUGCAGCGCCGCUGCGAAGCGGCCCCCGCCGCCGGGGCCGGCACCGGGCCGGGCUGCGCGUUGCUGCCCGACAAGAGCCUGCCCGGGCUGAAGGGGAAGGAGCCGGUGGUGUACCCCUGGAUGAAGAAGAUCCACGUGAGCACGGUCAACCCCAACUACAGCGGCGGGGAGCCCAAGCGGUCCCGCACCGCCUACACCCGACAGCAGGUCCUGGAGCUGGAGAAGGAGUUCCACUUCAACCGCUACCUGACCAGGAGGCGACGCAUCGAGAUCGCGCACACUCUGUGCCUCUCCGAGCGCCAGGUCAAGAUCUGGUUCCAGAACCGGCGCAUGAAGUGGAAGAAGGACCACAAGCUGCCCAACACCAAGAUGCGCUCCUCCAACCAGCCCUCGCUCGGCCAGCAGCAGGCCAAGGCACAGACACAGGGCCACCCCCGCCCGCUCGACGGGGCUGCGCCCAACGCGGCCGCGCUAUAAGGGGGUUAUCGUUUUUGUUUUUGUUUUUGUUUUUUUAAUAUAUAGAUCUCUAUUUACCUAUCUAUUGGGGUUGUGCGGCCACCCGCACUGACGGCUGGCCCUUGGGACCACGCAACUGUGUAAAACAAAGCAGGAGCAGGGAAGGAGGACGAGACGUGCCCAGGGACGGGCACACGUUGAAACCAAAACCCGGACGAUUGCCUACAUUGUAUAUAGAUAAUUGUUCCAUGCCCAUCAUUUUUUUUCUAUUUAUGGAAACCCUCUCUUGCCCUCGCUGUAAGAGUGCUGGAUGCUGUCACGGACGAAUUCUCCGUACCUAUGACGGACUCUUUUUUUUUUAAUUUUAAAUAGAGAACACUUUACAAAAUAAAAGACGGUUCAAAAAAAGCCAGGAGCUCGGGGGACGCCCGCCCGAGGCAGUGACUCGAGUGGCGUAGGACGAGCGUGGCCGUGAGGGGCGAACACGGACCCACGAGGCACAGAGCGGACAUGUUCACCUCGGGUUAGAAACUCAUGGGAAGCGUCCCCUCCCGCCGUGUUGGUGUACCGGCGCUAACUUAGCUGGGUUUCGGUGUAGCCCCGCAGUAGCUGUGAUAUGAGUUUUUCUCCACAUUCCCAAUUGCAUUUAUUUAAAAAGAAAGAAAGAAAAAAAAAAAAAAAAAAAAAAAAAAAAAAAGCUAUAAAGGCUGUGGCUGUCUUCAUAUUUGGCACCGUCUAAAUCGUUUGGGUCCAUGUACAAUUUGUGGAUUUUUGGUGUAAUGUAUACAGUGCCAGAUGCUGGUAAUAAAGAUUAUUCUGUACAAAAAAAUUAAACGCUUGAAACACACACGCGUCCACUCCGUGCUGUUUCGUGCACCUUGUGCUCCGCCGCUCUCGGCACCAGGAGUGGAAAACAAUGGCCUAACGUGUUGGUGUAACUUAGGAUUCGUUUUGUCAAUACGGUUAUGGUUGCUUAAAUGUAGCACAAAGCGUCCCCCGUCCCAACUGCCGUCUGCGAGGAGAGCGCUGCGGGACGGGGAAAGCUGUCUGUACCGCACAGCGAGCCGGGUUCUCUGUAGAACUCGGGGCAGAACCGACCCGGUCCAUCGCAGGGCUCUGGGCUCGUGUGCACCGCGCUACAGAGAGACUGAGCUGCUGCUGGGAGCCAAUGAGCUCCCAUGGCGGACUGUGCUGGAGGAGAAGUCCCACAUGCUCGCCACGAUAACACUGUAAAUCUGUAGCCGGCCGUGAUUUAUUCGUCCGUUUUCUUCCUAUUGUGAUUCCUCAACUGGCAGCACUUCUGAAGGGAAAUACAUGGGCGGUAACCUAAAGUUACUC